AUGCUCACAAAUAAAACUGAAUUUAGACUCAAAAUUCUGGGGCUGUGGAUUUUCGUGGGGCUGUGCAUUUUAACGAGCUCGCUGACGAUAAAAUAUUGGUUUUAUUUGGAUGAAAUAGGAUUUAAUGUGAUUGGGACUAAUUUAUUUCAAUUGUCAGAUACUGUGUCAUUUCAUGAAGAUUGUAUGACUUAUCUAAGUUUUUCUAAUGGAUUUCAUUGCUUAUGUGAGAAAGAUCUAUGUGAGACUUUAGGAAAUCUUUAUAUAAUUGGAAAGGUUCAAAUUUCGGUGAUUUUUUUGGCGAUUCCAUCAAUAAUUUGCCAAAUUAUGAAUAUCAGAAGGAAGAUAUGGAGAAUUGAAGAAAGAGCCCAGCUGCAGCCUUCAUUUUUUGAUAAUGAUAUCGUGCACUUUAUUUCUCCUUUAUUUAUUCUAGGAAGCUUAAUUGUUUGGACUGCCUUAGCUUGCUAUAUAGGUCCAGAAACAGGAAGAAACCUAUGAAAUUCAGGGACUUUUAGAAUCGGUCCAGCUUGCAAAAACGCUAUUGUCUCAGGACUAAUGUUGGGAUGGGGUUGUUUUUAUUAUUUUCAUACAGUUAGAAAAGAUUAUCGUAAUGAAUUUUUUGGAUAA